GUUUGCCGAUGUUCUCUUCAUCUUCCAGUGGCUGCAUUUAUGAAAAUCUUCACGUCUGAGUUAUUUUCCUCUAGAUUUGUUUCUUCUAGAGAGCGAGAUGAGCUUAUCCACUUCAAUCAGGGCUUGGACGUCUCGACAUUUCCUAGAAAGAGCCAUCCCCUCAAAAGCUAAUAUGAGUGAUGGCCUAUCCUGCGAGAGAUCGGCCCUUCUCCACGUCAUUCGUCACAGUAUAUAAUCCCAGCUCUGAUGCUGACGGGAGGAGAGUGUCAGGUACUGUGGCAUCAACUCCAGCAGCUUAAGGAGAAAUAAUCUGAGACAAAACUACCUUAUUAAAUGCAAGGGAAGAAAACCUCUAAAGAGACGACAGCAACUAUGUCUAAUGAACUGCAAACUAAUCCAAAGGGGCCGCAAACAGCCCCUAAAUCACCUGUUGGGCUUCUUAGGAAAAGAGGUCAAGAAGCAAUUCCGAAGAUGCAACCUGCCAUGAUGAUGUUCUCCAGCAAAUACUGGGCUCGGAGAGGACUAUCUUUGGAUUCAGCUAUGUAUGACCAACAGCACCUUGCAUCCUCUAUGCUCCGCAGGACAUCCUUUAAUCGGAUAGAUGAAAGGCCUGACAAAGAAGAACAGAAAUCCACUCAUGACCUUGGGAAGCUGGCAGUGAUUUUCUCUCUGAAGAAUGAAGUUGGCUUUCUGGUGAAAGCGCUGAGGCUCUUUCAGGAGAAGCAUGUGAAUUUGGCGCACAUUGAGUCUCGGAGAUCAAAGAGACUCACCAAUGAGAUUGAGAUAUAUGCAGAAUGCAACUGCACAAAGAAAGAGUUCAACGAACUGGUGCAACACCUGAAAGAUCAUGUUAACAUUGUCUCGUAUAACACGCCUCAACAUGUGUGGUCUGCAGAGACCGACUGUUUGGACUGUGUGUGUGUUUUGGGCGGGUUGCCAGAUGGGGAAGGAAUACCAUGGUUUCCCCAAAAAAUCUCAGAGUUGGAUCAGUGCUCCCAUAGAGUGCUAAUGUAUGGCUCUGAACUGGAUGCUGAUCAUCCAGGCUUUAAAGACAAGGUCUAUCGGCAGAGGAGAAAGUACUUUGUGGAGGUUGCAAUGAACUACAAAUUUGGGCAGCCCAUCCCACGGAUUGAAUACACACCAGAGGAAGUAAAGACAUGGGGAGUAGUUUUCAGAGAACUUACAAAACUCUAUCCAACUCAUGCCUGCCGUGAAUACUUGAAAAACCUUCCUCUGCUAUCAAAGCAUUGUGGCUACAGAGAGGACAACAUCCCACAGCUGGAAGAUGUGUCUCUAUUCUUAAGAGAGAGGUCAGGGUUUACCGUACGGCCUGUGGCUGGAUAUCUGUCACCACGAGACUUCCUGGCUGGACUGGCUUAUCGAGUGUUUAAUUGCACUCAGUACAUCCGUCACAGCACAGACCCUCUCUAUACACCAGAGCCGGACACCUGCCAUGAACUGCUGGGUCACGUGCCGCUCCUGGCCGAUCCCAAAUUUGCUCAGUUUUCUCAGGAAAUUGGCCUUGCAUCUCUUGGUGCUUCAGACGAAGAUGUGCAAAAGCUGGCAACUUGCUAUUUCUUCACAAUAGAGUUUGGGCUGUGCAAACAAGAUGGUCAGUUGAGAGUCUAUGGUGCAGGUCUACUGUCUUCUAUUGGAGAGUUAAGGCAUGCGCUUUCUGAUAAAGCAACAGUGAAGGUGUUUGACCCCAAAACCACAUGCUACCAGGAGUGCCUCAUUACCACAUUUCAAGAUGUGUAUUUUGUCUCUGAAAGCUUUGAAGAAGCAAAAGAGAAAAUGAGGGAAUUUGCUAAAUCAAUAAAGAGGCCUUUUUCUGUCUACUACAACCCUUACACGCAGAGCAUCGACUUACUGAAGGACACCAGGAGCAUUGAAAAUGUGGUUCAAGAUCUACGCAGCGACUUAACCACCGUCUGUGACGCCCUGGGAAAAAUGAACAAGUACCUCGGUAUCUAAACAAACAGUUCCUCAACAAUGCUAUAUGAUUCAGUUCAGGUGAAUCAUAUAGUUCAGUUCAUUAUUCAUUCUAUAACAAUUGUUGUGGUUUUGAUUCUCUGGGCUAAACAUAAACACAGGUGUGAAAUGUCGCAACCAUCAAAAACAGUUAUUAAUGUAUUCAGACACUAAAGGAACAACAAAGGAAAAGAAUCUCUAGUCUUUGCCUCUUUGUGCCUAAUGUUGUGCUUAAUUAUACCAGAUUUGUGUUUUAUUUUAACUACAUACUGCAGUAUCUACCAAAUGAAGGCAGUUGAUAUUAUGUAAACAUAAUAAUUCAAUGUUAAAGUCCCUACGCAUUGUACUGAUGCCAAUGCUAUACUGUAUUUGUAGAGUAUGUUUGUGGUGCUUGCUUGAUUUGUUGCUCACAAAGCCAACAAUCAAUAAAACAUUAUAUUUUAGGAGUAUCAUUUGGUGUGUAACAAUAUGUUAA